ACCCAGCACACCAUUUCUCUCACUCUCUCACUUCCACAAACAACCAACACAACACAACUCAGAACAAGAAAAGAAAAAUGAAACUCAAAGACCAGCUUGAGAACUGAAGAAGAAGAGAGGAGAGCUAUGAAUCUUCGGCAGCGUCCGCAGCCGACGCGCGGCGGCCGUGGACCACUCCGCGCGCCGCUGCCGCCCAUGCAACAGGCCUACAACAUCAUCCCCAUCCACGACCUCCUGGCCGACCACCCUUCGCUCCGCUUUCCUGAGAUACGCGCCGCUGCCGCCUCCUUACGCGCCGUCGGGGACCUCCGGAAGCCGCAGUUUGUCCCCUGGAACCCGAACUACGACCUCAUGGACUGGCUCGGCCUCUCCUUCGGGUUCCAAACCGACAACGUUCGGAAUCAGCGGGAGCAUUUGGUCCUCCACCUGGCCAACUCCCAAAUGCGGCUCCAGCCUCCGCCGAACCUGGUCGACUCGCUCGACGCCGGCGUUCUCCGGCGAUUCCGGGGCAAAUUGCUGCAGAACUACACCUCCUGGUGCUCCUACAUGGGCCGGAAGUCGAACGUCGUCAUUUCGAGACGCCGCGCUGAUCUCCGCCGCGAGCUGCUCUACGUGGCGCUGUACCUGCUGAUUUGGGGCGAGUCUGGUAACCUUCGUUUCGUCCCUGAAUGUGUUUGUUAUAUUUACCAUCAUAUGGCCAUGGAACUGAACAAAGUGCUUGAUGAGUCUAUCGACCCGGAUACUGGUCGCCCGUUUGUGCCUUCGGUUUCGGGGCACUGUGGGUUUUUGAAGAGUGUGGUUAUGCCCAUUUACCAGACUAUUAAGACUGAGGUUGAGAGCAGCAGAAAUGGCACUGCGCCUCACUCUGCUUGGCGCAAUUAUGAUGAUAUUAACGAGUACUUUUGGUCUCGGAGGUGUUUCCAGAGGCUGAAAUGGCCUAUUAAUUAUUCAAGUAAUUUUUUUGCUACCACCCCGAAGAAUAAGAGGGUCGGGAAGACGGGGUUUGUGGAGCAGAGGUCGUUUUGGAAUGUGUUUAGGAGCUUUGAUAAGCUCUGGGUUUUGUUAAUCUUGUUUUUACAGGCUUCCAUUAUUGUUGCAUGGAAGGAGACAGAUUAUCCCUGGCAGGCGUUGGAGAGAAGGGACGAUCAGGUGCAGUUGCUUACAUUGUUUAUUACUUGGGGCGGUCUUCGCCUUCUUCAAGCAGUGCUUGAUGCUGGGACUCAGUAUAGCUUAGUUUCCAGGGAGACGAUGUUGCUUGGUGUUCGGAUGGUGCUGAAGGGUGCAGCUGCCGCAACAUGGACUAUUGUGUUUUCGGUGUUUUAUGCGAGGAUUUGGGAUCAGAAGAAUUCGGAUGGGAGGUGGUCGGAUGCGGCCAAUCAGAGGAUUAUUGUUUUUCUUGAGGCUGCACUUGUUUUCGUCAUCCCGGAAGUGCUGGCAUUGGUUCUCUUUAUAGUUCCCUGGGUCAGGAACUUUCUUGAAGGGUUGGAUUUUAGUAUACUCUAUGUAUUCACAUGGUGGUUUCAUACACGGAUUUUUGUGGGUCGUGGACUGAGGGAAGGGCUUGUCAAUAAUGUCAAGUAUACAAUGUUCUGGAUCGUUGUGUUGGCUUCAAAAUUCACAUUCAGUUACUUCCUUCAGAUCAGGCCUCUUGUUUCCCCAACGAAAACUCUGUUGGACGCAGGGGAUACCAAGUACAAAAUACAUAUCUUUUUUAAUAGCGGGAACAGAAUAGCAAUUGUGUUGUUGUGGAUUCCUGUUGUGUUGAUUUACUUGAUGGAUCUGCAAAUAUGGUUUGCCAUUUUCUCAUCCUUAGUUGGUGCAACAAUUGGGCUGUUUUCACAUUUGGGUGAGAUCCGGAAUAUCAAUCAGCUAAGGCUUAGAUUUCAGUUCUUUACUAGUGCGUUGCAGUUUAAUCUUAUGCCGGAGGAGGAGUCCUUACGUCCUGAGGUGACAAUGGUGAAGAAGCUCCGUGAUGCCAUCCGCAGACUGAAAUUGCGGUAUGGACUUGGUCAAGCCUACCAGAAGACUGAAUCAAGCCAAGUAGAAGCUACCAGGUUUGCCUUGAUAUGGAAUGAAAUCAUGACAACUUUCAGGGAGGAAGAUCUCAUCAGUGAUCGAGAACUUGAGCUCAUGGAAUUGCCACCUAAUUGUUGGAACAUUAGGGUUAUUCGCUGGCCAUGUUGCCUCCUCUGCAAUGAACUAUUGCUUGCUCUAAGUCAGGCAGAAGAGCUGGGUGAGGAACUUGGCGACCAGUUGCUUUGGUUGAAGAUAUGCAAGAGUGAGUAUCGCCGGUGUGCUGUCAUCGAAGCUUAUGACAGCAUCAAGUAUCUGCUUCUUGUGGUCGUUAAAUAUGGCACAGAAGAAAAUUCCAUUGUUUCAAAAAUUUUCAAGGAGCUGGAUCAAUGUAUUCAGAGUGGGAAGGUCACGGUUACAUAUAAGUUGUCACUGCUUCCACAAAUUCAUGCAAAGUUGAUUUCUCUUAUUGAGCUUUUGAUUCAACGAAAGAAAGAUGAAAGUAAGGCAGUGAAUUUGUUGCAGGCCUUGUACGAACUUUCCGUUCGUGAAUUCCCGAGGUUGAAGAAGUCCAUGGAAACCUUGAGGCUGGAAGGCCUCGCAACUUGUAGUCCAGCCACUGAUGCAGGCUUGCUUUUUGAAAAUGCAAUCCAGUUUCCUGAUGAUGAGGAUGAGGUCUGCUUUAGGCAUCUGCGCCGUCUGCAUACAAUUCUCACUUCUAGAGACUCAAUGCACAAUGUCCCAACAAAUAUUGAGGCGAGACGACGUAUUGCUUUCUUUAGCAAUUCACUUUUUAUGAACAUGCCCCGUGCUCCAUAUGUUGAAAAAAUGAUGGCUUUCAGUGUGCUGACUCCAUACUAUGAUGAGGAAGUGUUGUAUGGAAAAGAAUUUCUUCGAAGUGAGAACGAAGAUGGCAUUUCCACCCUGUUUUAUCUGCAGAAGAUUUAUGAAGAUGAGUGGAAGCAUUUUAUGGAGAGGAUGUACAGGGAGGGCAUGGAGAAUGACGAUGAAAUCUUUACUAAUAAGGCUAGGGAUCUCCGUCUUUGGGCAUCGCACAGAGGUCAGACAUUAUCUCGCACUGUGAGGGGAAUGAUGUACUACUAUAGGGCGCUUAAGAUGCUUGCAUUUCUUGAUUCUGCAUCUGAGAUGGACAUAAGGGAUGGAUCACAGCAAAUUGGCUCUCAUGUUUUGAUAAACCAAAAUAGCGGGUUGGAUGGUGUACGGUCAGGCAUGCAAUCCUCUUCUCGGAAACUCGGAAGAACAAGUAGCAGUGUUAGUUAUUUAUUUAAGGGGAAUGAACAUGGGAUUGCUCUGUUGAAGUUCACAUAUGUGGUUGCCUGCCAAUUAUACGGGCAGCAUAAGACAAAGGGAGACUCCCGUGCUGAGGAGAUCUUAUAUCUUAUGAAAAACAAUGAGGCUCUUCGAGUUGCCUAUGUUGAUGAGGUUCACUUGGGGAGGGAUGAGGUUGAGUACUACUCUGUCCUUGUUAAAUUUGAUCAGCAGAUUCAAAGGGAGGUUGAGAUCUAUCGGAUCAUGUUGCCUGGUCCAUUGAAGCUUGGUGAAGGCAAACCAGAAAAUCAAAACCAUGCCAUAAUCUUCACAAGGGGUGAUGCAGUUCAGACCAUUGACAUGAACCAAGAUAAUUAUUUUGAGGAGGCACUUAAAAUGCGGAAUUUAUUGGAAGAGUUCAAGAACUUUUAUGGUAUCAGGAGGCCGACUAUCUUGGGAGUCCGCGAGAAUAUCUUCACUGGCUCCGUGUCGUCUCUUGCUUGGUUCAUGUCUGCUCAGGAGAUGAGUUUUGUGACCCUGAACCAGCGUGUUCUGGCAAACCCUUUGAAAGUGCGAAUGCACUAUGGUCAUCCAGAUGUGUUUGACAGGUUCUGGUUCUUGCCUCGAGGUGGAUUAAGCAAGGCUUCCAAAGUGAUCAAUAUCAGCGAGGACAUAUUUGCUGGCUUCAAUUGCACACUGCGAGGUGGCAAUGUGACUCACCAUGAAUAUAUACAGGUGGGCAAGGGGAGGGAUGUUGGGCUGAAUCAGAUCUCCAUGUUUGAGGCCAAGGUUGCUAGUGGCAAUGGUGAGCAGGUUUUAAGCAGAGAUGUGUACCGGUUGGGUCAUAGAUUGGACUUCUUUCGAAUGCUUUCAUUUUUCUACUCGACUGCUGGGUUCUACUUUAACACGAUGAUGGUGAUACUGACUGUUUAUGCCUUCUUGUGGGGACGUCUUUUUCUUGCUCUCAGUGGUAUCAAGGACAGUGCAAACAAUAAAUCACUUGGUGUGAUCUUGAAUCAGCAGUUUAUUAUCCAGCUAGGUUUCUUCACUGCCCUUCCAAUGAUUGUUGAAAACUCUCUUGAACUGGGUUUCCUUCGAGCAGUUUGGGAUUUCUUAACAAUGCAGUUGCAGCUUGCUUCAGUUUUCUACACAUUCUCAAUGGGAACUCGUACCCACUUCUUCGGCCGUACUAUUCUUCAUGGGGGUGCAAAGUACCGAGCCACUGGACGUGGCUUUGUGGUACAACACAAGAGCUUUGCUGAGAACUAUCGACUCUACGCUCGAAGCCAUUUUGUGAAGGCAAUUGAGCUUGGGAUUAUUUUAAUAGUGUUUGCUGCUCAUAACUCUGUAGCUACGAAUACUUUUGUUUACAUUGCCAUGACGAUCUCAAGCUGGUGUCUCGUAUUGUCGUGGAUAAUGGCCCCGUUUGUGUUCAACCCUUCUGGAUUUGAUUGGCUGAAAACUGUAUAUGACUUUGAAGAUUUUAUGAAUUGGUUGUGGUAUUCCGGGGGGGUUUUUACAAAAGCUGAACAUAGCUGGGAAACAUGGUGGUAUGAGGAACAAGACCAUCUGCGAACAACUGGUCUUUGGGGAAAGCUAUUGGAAAUUCUUUUGGAUCUUCGUUUCUUCUUCUUUCAGUAUGGUGUCGUGUACCAUCUAAAUAUUACCCGUGGAAAUACCAGCAUAGCUGUUUACUUGCUAUCUUGGAUAUACAUGGUAGUGGCUGUUGGGAUUUAUAUAGUCAUAGCAUAUGCUCAGGACAAAUAUGCAGCGAAGGAGCAUAUCUACUACCGGCUAGUUCAGCUUCUUGUCAUAAUGGUUUUGGUACUUGUAACUGUAUUGCUGCUCGAGUUCACUCACUUCAAAUUUCUCGAUAUAGUCUCAAGUUUCUUGGCGUUCAUCCCUACCGGCUGGGGUAUAAUUUUAAUAGCUCAGGUACUUAAACCUUUCCUGCAGUCUACAGUGGUGUGGGAUACUGUGGUUUCGUUGGCUCGACUGUAUGAUUUGCUCUUUGGAGUAAUUGUUUUGGCUCCUGUGGCAUUGCUGUCAUGGUUACCUGGGUUUCAGUCAAUGCAGACUAGGAUCCUGUUCAAUGAAGCCUUUAGCAGGGGUCUUCAGAUAUCUCGUAUUCUUACCGGCAAAAAGUCUCAGUGAUGCAUUCAUUCAGAGGUCAUGAGGCGGGACUAGUUUACAACAGACCAAGUAAGACUGUUCUUCGAUUCUACUGUCGGAGCAAAGGUAGUCGCAUCGUACUGUGGUGUUGUCGUACAUGAUUUUCUCAUCCGUGAAUUCAGCUGCUGAUUUUGUAAUUAAUCAGAGCAUCUUCCUCUCUUGCUAGAGAUUUUGUAGUGAAACGAACAGAGGGUAAUUUGAGUGGUUAAUUCCGUAGAGUGGUUUAACCACAUUGUUGUUAUUGUCGUUGUUCAGGAUCUGGUUCUGUACAUAUUGUUCAUAUCUAUUGUAGCUUCUAAUCUAUGCUAGGUUGG